AUGCUCAUGCUCAUGCCCAUGCCGCAUGUCGAAUUUUUCUUCAGGUGCCGUUCCCCUGCCUGCCUGUCACUGUCUGCCUGCCCGCUUCCCCCUCCCUGCGUCCGUCGUUUCUUGCCGUUGUCACCAGCUACUUUACGGAUACAUACCAAGAUGCAGGAAAAGGCUGUGGAUGAUCGCCAGUGGAUGCGUGGUGGGUUUGACGCUAAAUAUGCCAUGGAUUUCGCGGAUUCCUCAUCCAUGGAGUGGCUCUUGAGUCCCGUCCUGGCAGGGAAAAAGCCUCGUCAGGACCAGGGCUUAGGUACCAUGCUGUUGGUGGUUGUCUCCCUCAAGAACAAGUCUUCAAGUCAAGGGAAGGUAGUGGUUCUCCAGAAGAGUUUCUUUCUUGGUGAGCAUCUGCAACGCAACCUGCAUCUUGGCCCUCAUCUUUUCGAGCUUCGAGACUUGUUCGACAAACCCGCCACAGCCCUGUGGUACAAACAAGUGAGCGAGCAAGACACUGGGUUGCAACAGAAUACCUUGAGUAAGUCCAAGGAGGGAAAGGACAGACCAGGCAGGUCCCCCGUCCGAUUUCUGCAUCGCGACCAAUUUGGAGUGGGUCUUACUGGCACCAUCGAUCUGCAUCAUCUGGGAAACCGUCGCCGACAAGUUUCUCGUAAACCGACGGCUUUGGCCUGGCCUACUGCACGUAGCACGGCUACCAUGCCCGUGAAGUUUCUUCAAACCACGCCUCGAUGUCAUCGCCCUUGUCCGGCGGCUUCUAGUCUCAACGGCCAGUGCCCAAGCAACCCAAAUACUUUACCGACGUGA